UGAACAGAAAAUGUCCAAGUGAUGGAUCCCAAAGAUGCAGAAUCUUUUCGUUAGAAUUUGUUUGAUAUGACUAAAGUCUGGCCACAUAAUGAUGUUCCCUUGAGGCCAUUUGGCAAAAUGAGCCUAAAUAGGAAUGUAAGAUAGUCUCAUCCACUUACUACUCUCCUUCCACUAAUUUCGUGUAGCCAAACAAUUAUUUUGCAGAUAUCGAACAAGCCGCUUUCUCGCCCUCAAAUAUGGUUCCAGGUAUAGCCCCAUCCGCAGAUCCAGGUAAGUUCCAGCUUCUGACUUUACAUAUAGACAUCGCUAAGCACCCCUACCUUUGGAAGUGCUUCAAGCUCGUCUUUUUUCAUAUCCAGACGCCGCCCGUUACCGUCUCGGUACAAACUAUCAGCAAAUUCGAUCGAACGCUCCUCAUUGUCCUGUCUACGCGCCAUAUCAACGUGAUAGCCUUUCUUCUAUCAACGGUAACUAUGGCCCAGACCCAAACUACGUUCGAUCAAGUUUUGUUUCACUUGCUCCUGCGAGUCAGAAUGUUCAGGCUGUACAUGAUAUUCAACAUGAAGUUUGGAGCGGGAAGGUAACCGCAUUCACGAGUGAAGUUAUAGAUGAUGAUUUUGUACAGCCGAGGAACUUUUGGAGAGAUGUUUUGGGAAAAGAGGAAUAUCAGCAGGAAAAUUUGGUAAGCAAUGUUGCGGGAAGCCCGACCAAUGCCAAGGAAGAAAGAAUCAGGAGAGAGUCACUUGGUAAGACUCGUUUUUUUCUAGUGUGGCUAGUGUCUAUGAGGAAUGUGUGACUAACUUCUGUCAUAGAGAUAUUCCGGAGGGUUGAUGAAGAUUGGCGAUUAGAAUAGAGAGAAAAAUUGCGGACUUGUCGGCGUUAUGAUGAUCGAACCCGGUUAGUUGGGUUAAAUAAAGCAUUUGGAGAGCAUUAUUUUCAGAUGAGCAGAAGGUUCUUGGAAAUUUUUGUUGUGUGGGUUUUUGAUGUUGAAUGAACGGAUUUA